AUGUGUAUACAAACAUGUUUUGGUUCAUCUAUGUAUAAUCAAAUCCAAGUUUACAACAUUGGAGAACUAGAGAAGAGGAAGAGAUUGCUUUUGUUGGAGAAAUCUUAUCUCUUACAUAUGAGGAUGCUUUCUUUGAUUACCUUGAAGGAAAUGAUUGUUCUCAUGUUGAAGUGUAUGCAAUUGAAGAAGGAUGUCAUGCUGCAAAAAUUGUUGGAGUACAUGGCUCGACCUGACUUCCCAACAGGAGGAAUCAUAAUGGGAGUUCUUUGUCAGAGGAAAGACAAAGAUAUAAGUAUCAGAUUCCAGAACAAUGUGCAUUACAAUUGUAGUAAAAGAGGUUAUCUAUAUGAAUAUCACAUUGUACACAAUGGAACACAUAUAACAUAUAUGAACUAUCAGACCAACAAAUCCUCUCUUGUCAAGAAAAUUGUUGAGCUAAUUCAGAACAAGACAGGGAACAAGUAUAUAGUCACUGAGCUUAAGAGGUGGGCUGAUCCACCAAUUAUUCUGAAUAAUCUUUAUUGUUAUACUGCUCUACAGUCUAGUUUUAGCUUCAUCAUGUUUAGAUGCUCAGUGGUUUAA